ACUACAGUGACAUCCAAGCUGCAUACGGAUAUCCGGUGCAAGGCUGUCAAGGCUACCCCUAAGGCUAUCUUAUGCUUUCAGUACUACGGUCGACAUUUCCUAAACGUGGACUUUCAGCGCUGAAGCCCAACCGGCUUCACAAUACUUCAUUUUCUCCCCGUUUUGUGCACACAGAGAAAACAGGAGCGUCCUUGUCAUCAGCAUACAAAGCGCGGAGAGAUUCGUGGUAUAAUCCAACUGUUUUGGUACUUGGCUUUAUCCCCAUAUUCACUUUUGCUCUGGGCACUUGGCAACUCCAGCGUUUGCAAUGGAAAAUAGCUCUGAUUGAUGAACUCGAGGAAAAAUUACGUCGUGAGCCAAUCCUCCUCCCGAAACGAGUAAAUCUUUCAGUUGUCCCCGAAUUUAUUUUCCGUAGGGUCGUUCUUCGAGGUAGAUGGGAUCACAAACGUUCAAUGUUACUGGGUCCCCGUGUACGGGACGGGACACACGGAUAUCACGUUAUAACACCUUUAAUACGGUCCGAUGGUUCAACAGUUCUUGUUGAUCGUGGUUUCGUUUCCAAAGACUUUGCUGAGAAUUAUGUUCGCGGAGAGGAAGGAGAGGUUCAGUUCCUCGGGAUGCUUCGAACAUCGCAUACGCGGAAUAACUUCACUCCUGACAAUCGUCCAGAAGAAGGCAAAUGGUAUUGGGCCGAUGUUGAUGCAAUGGCAGAGUACGCGGGUGGUGAACACGCUUAUGUUCAGCCCGUGUAUAUCGAGGAAAUCUUCGAUGGCCAUGCCGGGGAAGCUGCAUCGCGACUGAACAAGGGCAUACCCCUGGGUCGAUCGGCAACCGUUGACGUGCGGAAUGCACAUAUGUCCUACGUGGUCACUUGGUACUCACUCUCUGCGUUCACUGCUGUGAUGUUGGGUCGCCUUGUUCUGAAAAGGAGAGCGCAAAAUCGUGCUAGACCACUCCCGCGCUAGAGUCCGGAUGUGUUUGAGUUUAAUGAUGGGCAUUUCUACAUAGCUGUACUCUCGCACUGUGCAUUUGUAGAUAAAUCACAUUUUACUAAAACAAUGCAUUGAAUCACCAUUCC